AAUUGUCAUGUGAUAGCAAAGAGGUGGCACAUUAAUGGAGCGCCUCUACAGGGGUCUUUUCUGCUCAUGUCACUACAUAAAACUAUCAGAUGGUUAGAGGAAGGCCAUGGAGGCAUCCACUUAGCUCGUCUUAUCAAGGACGCCAGAUGAAGUCUAUUCAGCUCUGCUAGCGGGACAAGCUGACUUACUUUGCGAGAAAGACUUACAGCAGCCGUCACUCCAUAAAUGUGCACCGUCCGCCCGCCUGCACACCGCAGAGGCGCAAGACCUGGCCGUUUUACGCGCAACGCAACUCCAGCACUGCCGGUGCUGAAACUUUCCUCGGCGGUUGUUUUCAUGAAGAGCGGCAAACCUUCGCCAAGGAAUUAAGGGAGACUACUUUUUUAUUGCUUUUCUGAAAAUAUCGAGGAUGCCUCGCCCAGGGAGAAACACGUACAGCGACCAGAAGCCACCUUACUCCUACAUCUCCCUCACUGCCAUGGCGAUCCAGAGCUGCCCAGAGAAGAUGCUGCCUCUCAGUGAAAUUUACAAGUUCAUCAUGGAUAGAUUCCCUUAUUAUAGAGAAAACACCCAGCGGUGGCAGAACUCCCUGCGACACAACCUGUCCUUCAACGACUGUUUCAUUAAGAUCCCCCGGCGCCCAGAUCAGCCAGGUAAGGGCAGUUUCUGGGCUCUGCACCCCAGCUGCGGGGACAUGUUUGAGAAUGGAAGUUUCUUGAGGCGCCGCAAAAGGUUCAAAGUGUUGACUUCAUCCGAUCAUUUGGCCCCGAGUAAGCAGUCGGAUGCUGCCCAUUACCUCCAGCAGCAAGCCAAACUGAGACUGAGCGCCCUGGCAGCAACUGGCACACACCUUCCCCAAAUGUCAACGUACAACCUCGGAGUGUCUCAGUCCUCAACUUUUAAGCAUCCCUUCGCCAUCGAGAACAUCAUCGCCAGAGAGUACAAGGUCCCGGGGAGUCUGGCGUUCUCCACCAUGCAGUCCAUGUCUGCCGGGUACCCGCUCCACAACCAGCUGACGACAGCCUGGCCCCACAUGUACAACACCAGCGUGAUUGACACGGCGGCGCCAAUCUCCAUGGCAAGCAGCGACUACAGUGCCUAUGGCGUGCCCCUCAAGUCCCUGUGUCACGGGGGACAGUCGUUACCGGCUAUUCCUGUGCCAAUCAAGCCCACCCCGACCUCCAUGGCCGGUUUCUCGGCGUUACCUCCACACAUCCCCGCGUUUCUAUCAAACUCUCCGCAGUCUCUGAGCCCGACGUCCCCACAGACAGCGACGAGCCAAAGCAGCCCAGCAACCCCGAGCGAGACUCUGACGAGCCCGUCCACACUGCAGUCUGUGGCUGUGCACUGACCGGCUGAACUCUCCCCAUGAGAACGAACUGCUGGCCCCUUUACCAAUCCCAAAGUUUAUAUUUUCUGUCGUCGGAAACUAUCAAGGCGAGUUGCAGUUGCAUAUCGAAUUAUUUGUGUAUGUGUUGAAUGUGUCGCUUUAAAAUUGUGUCAUAGAAGUCCAGCACAGAAUCGCACAGCGAAGUAUUGCUCUUGAAAAUAUAAAUUAUUUGAUAGUUCUAUUUUUCAGUUUAUUGUGAAAUAUGAGUGUUGAAAUUUGGAGCCACUGAUGGGGAUCCGGGGGGACACCAUUUGUUUUUGGCACCAUCGACUCUGAUUUGAAAUGCUUGCAAAAUUCCCGUGGCAGUUUUUCUUUUUCCUCCAGUUUUUAUCAAAUAGCAAAACUUUUGCACCGUUUCUGUGUGACCACUGUAAUGUCAAUGAAAUUGCGAGGCAAUGGCUCUGUGUUUAUGUUUGCUUUUUUAAAAAUACUGGAAUGAUGGAUAAGGGUAUACCAAAUAGGACUAGGAAUUAGAUUUGUUCUUACCAUCCCUGUACAAAAAAAAGAGACAAGCAAAACGAGUCAAAUCUUUUUCAAAAAAUGGAAAAGUAGUAUUGUGAGACGUCCUCAAAAUGCAAGAUGUGAAUAUUGCAAAUAACUGAUACUGAAAUGUUGUAAAAUGCACUUUUUAGUUUUAUGUUUUUAGAUAUCUAUUUUCCAGAAAAAUGUUCUGUGAAGCAUUUAAUUUAAAAGGCUGUGGUGACCAUGUGUAUCAGAUGCUGUAAAUUUGUAUUUUUGUUUCUUUUAUUUUUUAGGGUAAAAGCAUGCAUUUUUAAAAAUUUGUGUUGGUACUGUUGUUGUUAUUGUUGUUGUUUUGUUUUGUUAAAAAUUUUUUUUGCAAGCAUGCGUGCUUUUGAAAAGUGUGCAAACAGUCUGCAAUGAAUUGGAACAAAAAAAUGGUCAUCGAAAUAUUUUCUCAUUAAAAGUGAAGUAAACAAUCAAAAAUGUUUCUGAAGAUUUAAUCAAAGACAGUGCCACAUUAUUAUUAUUAUUAUUAUUAUUAUUAUUAUUAUUAUUAUUAUUAUGUCUCAGAUAGGCAGAUUUUUUUCGGAAAUAAUUUAAAAUUCGCACAAUGAUAAUAAUAAUAACAAUAAUAACAAUUAUAAUAAUAAUAAUAAUAAUAAUGAUAACACUAUGGUUUGUCUUGUAUCCGGACCUGUAUGAUUCCAGAGUGUGAGAGUUGCAGAGCAGCAGUGGGGAGAGAAAUGAAUCGUGCAGUCGAUUAGGAUGCAUGGAGUUGCGAUGCCAUGGUCACAGCGCAGACAACUGGGCUCAUUCAUCAAGCUGUAGGCUAAACACAAUUAAGCCCAACAAUAAACAUUUAGAAAAGCUGCACACAGUGUCCGAAUUAAUGUUAAAGUGCAUAUUUUCGUCCUCAAAUGUCACAGAGGGCAAUUAAACAAGUGUCAUGUUUUUUUUUUCUCGACUGUUUCCACCUAUUUCCUUCCCUAUCUGUAGGAACUUAAUUCAACAGGUUUUAUAAAUACAGGCGGAUAAAUAUCUCCAAAAUGCAAAUGACAUUAUUUUAUUCUUUUAUUCGUUUCCAGAAUUAAAAAAAGAAAAAAAUAACGCGCUCUCUCUGCCUCCCUCCUAUAGAAAGCUGCAGCCCAUUUCGGGGUAUUAAACAAAUACAUUAGAAUUCCGUCACUUUAUGCAAUCGAGUAGAUCAAAUAAAGGGUCUCGGGCCACUUCAUUCUCCCUCAUUCACUUGAAUUGAAAGUGCAAAGAAUAGCAAACUUAGACUGGGCCACCAAUGUAGAUUUAGCCUUUUUUCAGCGAGACAAAAAGACUGAUUUUUCACAAACACAUUGCUGACUGGGGAACUAGGAAACGAGCUGCAAGACCCUUUUGGAAUUUAAAUCCACCCCUCCCCCAUGGACUGUUUGGACAACAGUGUUAGUUUUUUUUCUUCCUCUUCAUCUUCUUCUUCUUCUCCCCACUUUGUGCAUUUGUGUGUGUAACAUUAAUUCUGACUCUGGAUGAUUAAAUGUAUUGAAUCUUCAACUGGCAGAUUACAAGCUUUAAUUUUAAUUCACUUUUUUUCUCUCCCUUAAACCACAUUAACAAACACACAUUUUCCAUUGAGCACAUUAAAGCAAUGAAAUCCAGCAUCUGAAAAGGAAACCUGUAACAGUAUAUAUAUUUACAACACAUUUAUACUUGUGCAAUUUUUUUUUGUAUUCAUUGGUCUGAUUUUGGUGUGUAUUGCACUGUUAUAAAUAAAAAUGUUAAUGUAAAAUAUGUAGAUGGAUGUCUGAAAAGAGCUUUUGUGAAUUCCUUGUAAAGUCAUCCAAGAAUGUGAAAUGUAAAAGUAACCAAAAAGUUUUCAUUUAAAUAGAAAUGCAAUAUCUAAACUGCAACAUCCUGUCAUCCUUUAAUUAUGUUUUAAGACACAAUGCACACAAGCUUACAGAAAUGCUGCACAGAAAGGGUGUUGUUUUGCUGCUGGCACUCGGUUUCAUCACUAAUAAAUAAACACCUUCAGCUUUUCCUGUACAAAACAUUUAAAUGAGCAAAUAAACUGAGCUCCUAAGAGAGAACGUGAAGCUGCAGGUAACAGGUGGGACACAGAGGGAACACAUGUUAGACCACCUUGCCAGGACACUCAUGUGACACCUGACCGUCAUGCGAUUUAAAUAAUAGUGUUGCUUUUUUUCCCUGAAUAAAACCCUUAAACAAUGUUUCU